GAAGAAAUCGAAAGCAAGAAUAGUUAAGGAGGCGAUCGGUUCGCCUGGCGACAAUGGCGUCAACGGACAAUCUCCUAAACCUAAACAAAGAUAUCUCCUGCUCCAUUUGCCUGCAGUUUUUCCGGGACCCCGUGUUCCUGGACUGCGGUCACAGCUUCUGCCAAGACUGCAUCUCCUCCUUUUGGAAGAACGGGGAGUGUUCGUGUCCCGAGUGUCGAUGUUUCUUCCCGGAUAGAACAUUGAAGCCUAACAGACUUCUGGCGAGUAUAGUGGCGAACGUGAGAUCCAUCCAGGAAAGCGCCUGGGAUACAGAGUGGAAAAAGGUCUGGCGUGGAACUGGGAUCUCCAGUCGGGAUCAGAUCAGCGCCGGUCGCCGCCUCUCCCCCGAAGCGCCAGAUCUCAAGAGAAAGGUCUAUGAGCUCACACAACAGUUUGAGUGGGAGUUCGCUGAGCUGCACCAGAUCCUUAACAAGGAAGAAUAUGAAAUGAAACAAAGACUCAACAAGAGAGGGAAAGAACUACUGGACUGGUUGACAUCCAACAGCAGGCUUGCCAAUAAUAAUGAUCGCACUGUGCUGCAAGUGAUCUGGAAUUUAUUGAAGGUGAUAAUGUUACCUCCAUCUAUAAACAGCAAGGAAACCAGGCAAGAAAGAAUCUUCAGUAACAUACUGGUCGAUGAAUUCGGUGGACCUGUUCAGCACAUGGUGUGGAAGCAGAUGAGGAAAUCGGUGAACCCAGUACUCUCGCCAUUUACCCUAGAUCCGAAUUCAGCCCAUCCCAGGCUCAUUAUUUCAAACUUGACCACGGUUUGCCUUAGAUAUGGAGAACAGCUGUUGCCGAAGAGCGCAAAACGAUUUGGAAACCGUCUGUGUGUGCUCGGAGAAAAAAGGAUUACAUGCGGGAAACAUUAUUGGGAGGUGGAGGUGGACCAGGGGGCAAAGUGGACGGUGGGGAUCAUGAGAGAAUCGGUAGGCAGGCAGGACCUGGCAGACAUGACCUUACAAAAUGGCUACUGGGUGAUAAGCCCUCAUAGAAGCAACUGGAUCCAAGCAUUCUUUGAUUUUUUUGUGCAGACAGACAGAAGUUCGACACACAUGGAGCAUCUUGAGCUCCAAGUCAAUCCAACAAAGGUUGGCGUUUAUCUGGACCACGAGGAAGGGCAGGUGUCAUUUUAUAAUGCUGAUACCAUGUCUCAUUUGUACACGCACCGUGGGCGAAUGUCUGGCCCAGUCUUGCCUUUCUUUGGACCUGGCCUCUCGACAAAUAAUUGGAUGAGACUCCCUCAGCCAUGAUAGUAAAACUGAUCUGUCUAAUCGGUUAUGCGAAAUAAUGUUACAAGGAUGAAUCAUGAAAUAAUAGUCUGCUCAGAGUUUGAGAGUUAUGCCCCUGUCGCACUUAGGAAACCUGAACGGAAACCUCUGGAGACUUUGGGCCCACCCAAGGUUUCCGUGCG